AUAAACAAUAAGGGAGCAGUGAAAGCCCAUUCCGUCAAAUUUCCCAAUUGCCUCGAUCUCAAGAAAUCUCUUGAUCAAUCCAUUUUCCAAAUCCUCUUUUUCUCUUCUCUCAAUUGCAAUCUUGAAUCGGCGAUUUCGCCGGAAGGAAGAACAAUGUCAGAAGCAACGUCGCAGAGCAAUCCGCCGGAGAACGACGUAAUCGGCUCCUACUUCCUCGAUCUCUGGAGACACACUUCAAGAACCCUAGCGGUUAAACCCGAAACAGACUCUGAAUUCGAGCAGGACGAAGAACCUCCGACGGCACUGGACACGGUGAACAGCUCCGGCGGAUUCUCACUGGUGGGCCAUGAUAAGCUCUCGCUUUUGUAUCCGAAUGCUCACAUGCAUGGUCACGAUGUCGGAGUGGUUCAGGCGAAUCGCCCCGCCCCUACGAAGCGACUUCUUUAUUAUUUUGAGAUUUUUGUAAAGAACGCUGGGCAGAAGGGGCAGAUUGCCAUCGGAUUUACUACUGCUGGCUUUAAAGUCCGUCGCCAACCGGGAUGGGAAGCAAACAGUUGUGGAUAUCAUGGUGAUGAUGGACUGUUAUAUUGUGGACAUGGAAAGGGAGAAACUUUUGGCCCAACAUAUACAACUGGUGAUACUGUUGGUGGUGGUGUCAAUUAUGAAGCACAAGAAUUCUUUUUCACGAAAAAUGGGGCCGUAGUAGGAUCUGUGAUUAAGGAUGUUAGAGGUCCGGUAUAUCCUACAGUUGCUGUUCACAGUCAAAAUGAGGAGGUGAUUGUUAACUUCGGAAAGGACCCAUUUGUCUUUGAUAUUAAAGCAUAUGAAGCAGAAGAGAGAACUAAACAACAGAUGAGAGUUGACUCCAUCUCAAUAUCACAGGAGACCAGUUAUGGAAUAGUUCGAUCAUAUUUACAACAUUAUGGAUAUGAAGAUACUCUGAGAUUGUUUGAUGUUGCUGGGAAAAGUACUGUGCCUCCUAUAACUCUGUCUUCAGGAAGCAUUUUAAAUGAGGAGGCCCAAACGUAUGCCUUAAAUCAGAGGAAGAUUAUACGUCAGCUAAUAAAAUCUGGUCAGAUUGAUGAGACAUUUUCUACUCUCAACCAUUGGUAUCCUCAACUUGUUCAGGAUCAGACAUCGAUUAUAUUCCUUUUGCUACGCUGCCAAAAAUUUAUCGAGCUUGUCCGGGAAAACAAAGUAGAGGAAGCUGUAAUGUAUGGUAGAAGAGAAUUCGACAGGUUUAGGAAGUGUGCAGUAAAUGAUGACCUAAUCAAGGAUUGUGCUGCUUUAAUAGCAUAUGAGCAACCGAGCAAAUCAUCUGUCGGUUACCUCCUUGGAGAUUCUCAACGGGAGCUUGUUGCUGAUCUUGUGAAUGCAAUGAUAUUAUCAACAAAUCCCAAAGUAACAGACCCCAGUGCUUGCUUGCACUCAUGCCUCGACAAGAUUGUAAGGCAAAUCACUGUUUGUUUUUUGGAAAAGAGGGCCGUUAAUGGCGACCAGGGUGAAGCCUUCAAUUUGAGCAGAGUUCUGAAGAGUGGCAAGAAAGAUUAAGCCCCCACCCAGGCUCUGAUCUGGACCGGCUAUGUUUUUUGUGCAUUCGCCCUUUCAUCACCACCGCUGCCCUACUUCUGGUUACGAGACUUGUGUUGGCUGGCGAGCCCGCAUAAAUAAUUAUUUGAUCCAUCAUCUGCUCUUACAGCCAACAAUACGACGAGUGGUAGCUAGCUAAAUGAAUGUAAUGAAAAUACUCUAGUUUGUCUUUGUACAGGUUGAAUUCCCAUUUGUUCUGUAAAACAUGCACUUCUUUCUUUCAGUACAUGAUGUUCCCUUCCCUA